GUCUGUGCGGCCGUGUCACCAACUAUGUCUCAAAACACGUAAAUGGACAGUCGUAAUGUUUUCGUCCGAGUGAUCGAGGAAUAAAAAUAAUGUAACUGGGUGAUAAAUGUGACAGUGAUUGUGUGUGUGCGUUGAAAAUGCUAAAAGUGUAGUUUGUAACAUGAGAAAAUAGCCGUCACAAUGUAUUCGUUUACGUUCGCGAGUGUUCGUUUACUCAGAAUUAUUCAGGAUUUAAAACAUGGCCAGGACUGGAUGCUAGGAUCUAAGGUGGUUGUAUGAUGACUGCUAGCCCUGCUCACGUGCAUCCCAUGCCUGAGUUCCGAGACGCUGACCACUACCGCAGCCCCGCCGGACUGGUGGAGGGCAGCCAUGAAAUCGUUCGGCCCAAACCCAGAAGGCCAGGGGGAGGCUCCAGGGAAUUGGUGGCCUACACCAAGACCUCCGAGUCCCCAGCUCAGACCCAGACACCUCCUCGGUUAAGCGGGAGUAGCCAUUCACUGCCAUCGCCUAAGGAGUCACCAGCCCAGCCUGCCGCCCCGCCUUCCACCACCAGGGCCACACCUCCCAAGCCACCGCCCUCUCCACCACCACCCCCAGCGCAGGAAAAGCCCCGUCAGCUCACUGCGGGCAAAAAUGUGCUGGGGACUCUGCCUCACCACCACCUCAGUGUUGAUGAGCUCCGACUGCUUCAGAGACAUGACUACAAUGGGAGCUCCUCAGAUGACAACCGCUCGUCAGGACAUGCCAGCAUGUCCGAUGGCCACACGAGCAGCUCCCCGCCGGUGGACAGGCACCAUCACUACCGCUCUCCACUCAACUCAGUACCUGAGGAUGAGCGACUGUCAGCCAGUGUGAUGCCCAGUCAGAGUCGACCGACGCGUAAGAACAUGCAAAGUCGCAGCAGACAUCGUGCCACUCCAGCCAAGCUUGUACCAUGUGGAUCGGGUAUAGAAGAUAUCAAGCUGGCCAUCCAACAGCUGACGAUGCGUUCCCACACCAGCAACACGGGUUACAGCACCAGCACGUACAGCAGCCUGAGUGGGAGCGAGAGUAGCGAACCAGCUGUGCGCAGACUCAUGCGACACUCCAGCCUCGAGACCAUCAACACUAAUGUGACCAGCGCUGACGAAUUCGUCUGGGUUGAUUCUCACAACAGGUUGGUGGAACUACAGCAUCUGCCCUGGUCAAACCACGAUGUGUUGAAGGUGAUACAAAAUGGCAGGGUAAAGGAAUCAAUGGAGCGGGUCGCCAUGGAAACAAUCCCACGCCUAUCGUACCUGCUGCAACGCGCGCUGGUCAGGAUAGCACGAGAAGCACAACGACUCAGCAAGUGUGUGGGAAUGUGUGGUAAACAGCAGGUUGCCUCAGCACUGCGGAUCAUACUGUGUCCUGUGCUCACCGACUCCUGUAUCAAGGCAUGUCUGAGGUCGGCGGCCAUGUUUGCUGUGUCAGGAGAUCAGCUGCGUCAGAGCAAGUCAUCACGUGCCGGGCUGCAACUUUCCGUAGGCCGCUUUCACCGCUGGAUGGUGGACGUCAGGCUCGGGAAGUUUGUCCAUGAGUAUGCAGCUGUCUACCUAGCGGCAGGUCUGGAGAACUUACUUGAGGAGAUCAUCCUGCAGUGUCUACCGUCGAAGCCAGACACCGUGCUGACUGCAAGCAUGUUUGAACAUUCCAUAGCCAAUAACGGGGACUUGUGGGGGCUGCUGCAGCCUUACGCCCAUCUCAACACAGGCCGUACUGCUGCUGGUACUCUGGCAUUGCCACGGUGGGCGUCAGUAAGCAGUGUGAUGACCGACUCCACGGUGCAGAGCUGCCAGACUUCGGACCAGUCCCUGCUGACGACCUGCGUAGGCUCCGUCACCGAGUUAAGUGAGCUCAUCAGCCGUACUAGUUCCCUCCCCCUCAACACCCGCAAUAUGGUUUGGUCCAACCAGGCGGUCCAGGCUCUCUUCUAUUUCAUGCGCUGCUCACAGCUGGAGCACUCAGGCCCUGUACAAGAGCUGGUGUACGAGAGAGCAUACGUUGUGCUGCCGCCAUUGGUAGAAUGGAUACGCACAACCACCGCGCACACUGAGUACCGCCACGCCACUGUCAUCGACCAGGACGAUGUGAUGCAGGCAGCACGGCUUCUGUUGCCUGGUGUUGAUUGUCCCAUCAGACAGCCGGGAUGUGAUGAGAGUGUAAGCAGUCGAAGGCAGGGUGAAGAGGCUGACUCAGUCCGCAGACUCAAGCUGUCUGUUGCUUUCCGCAUGUUGAGCUCAGGUUCUCGGGACAUUAUUCCUCAUGCCUUGCAGCUGCUGCCCUCCACCAAGCUGAACACCCUGUGUGACAGUGGUUUGACCCCCCUCAUGUUGGCAGUCCUGGCCAACGAUGAGGCCACAGUUCGCUGUCUGCUGGAGUUUGGCUGCGAUCCCGAUGUGGAGACUCCGCCUCAGGGAACUGCUGGGUGUCCAACGGUACAGGCAGAGACGCAGCACUGGACUGCCCUGACGUACGCAGCUCUUGUGGGCAACACAACGAUAGCCAAGCUGUUAUUGGACCGCGGGGCUCACGUAGAGGGGGGAGCCCGGCUCAGUGAGGAGCGCUGUACCAUCACACCCAUACAGGUUGCAGCAGGCUAUGACAACCUGGAGAUGGUGUCCUUGCUACUCUCUCAUGGAGCCCAUCCCUUCCUCUCCACUCUACUCAAGGACUCACUGUGCUACUCAGGGUCGGCCCAGAGAGGCUGUUACAGUGCUAUAGCGGUAGCAGCAGCCCACGGUCAGAGAGCAGUACUGCACAAGCUACUGUCUCAUCCUCUCAGCCCAAACACCAAGGAGGUCCUUAGCCUAGAGGAGAUCCUGGCAGAGGGCGCCAACCAGUUGACUGCUGACCGCCGAGCUGCCACUAGACUCAGAGAGACAGGUGGAGAGAGCCCGGCCCAGCAGCAGGUGCUCAAGCUGACGAAGCCUCAAGUCAAGUGUCUGCAGGAGGCAAUGUACCACAGCACAGAAAACAACCAUCUCGAGAUAACGCUGUAUAUCCGUAACUUGGGCAUUGCAUGGACACUUCACUGUUGGAUGUACACACUGGCCACAGCACAUGACCAUCACCUGGAGAACAUGAUAGACCAGCUGCUGCAGGACUUUCUCCAGGUCUGGCCAGACGACUGCUCCACUCAGUUUGUGGACGAGUGUUUGCCUCUGCUCUUCAACAUCUUCCGCUACAGCAAGAAUGAAGGCACAACUUUAUUGCUGGCAGACAUUUUCUCAACGUGUUUUGGAUGGGAGCCAAUUAAGCGAAUUCGUGACUCUACGUUAAGUGGUGGUGCACGUAUCGAUCCCAAGUUUGUCAACAACGCAGAACUGAGUGAUGUACAGUUCCGUGUGGAGGGUCGUGUAUUCUACGGCCACAAGAUCGUGCUGGUCACGUCUUCCCCUCGCUUCCGUGGCAUGCUUAGCUCCAAGCUGUGUGAGGGCAACCCUCCCAUCGUACAGAUCAAUGACAUCCGCUAUCACAUAUUCCAGCUGGUGAUGCAGUAUUUGUACAACGGUGGCUGUGACACCCUGGAAGUGGAUCACAAUGAUGUGCUGGAGUUGAUGGCUGCUGCCAACUUUUUUCAAUUGGACGGUCUACUGCGGUUCUGUGAGGCUCAGUGUUCAGACAUGGUGGAUCUCGACAAUAUUGUCUCCAUGUACAUACACGCUAAGGUGUACAAUGCCAGUCAGCUGAUGGAGUACUGCCAGGGAUUCCUGCUGCAGAACAUGGUGGCUCUACUGACAUAUGAUGACUCGGUCAAGCGAUUGCUGUUUGGGAAGAAGCUCCAUAACCACGACGUAUUGGCAGGACUGCUGCUUACGCUUCAAGCUCGCAUCAAAGGUCGCAACAAUACCACUCGACCCCAGCCCAAGCCCAAGUAACUCUUGUCUCUGACGGUGAUUGUCAUUUGUGUGAUUGUGUAUUUGCUUUUAUUAUCCAGAACGUUUUGGAAGAAUAUCAUUUUUUUAUUUAUAAGCAA